AUGGCUGCCUCUUAUUCUUAUUUUCCCGAAGACAUAAUUAUAGAGAUUCUCUUAAGACUGCCUGUCAAAUCCUUAUUAAGAUUCAGGUCUGUAUCCAAACAAUGGUUUUCUCUCACGACAAACCCUAAAUUUAUCACUACUCACCUCCAUCACUCGACCGAAAACCCUUCUCUGCUAAUCGCACGUCGCGAAUGUGUUGAUUUCAUCUUUAAAACCCACAUAUCGUUGCUUCCCAAUGGAUCCACAAGACUCCAUGGUGUACACGUACCAAAUAUGUUUGGCUCCCCUUUCAAUUUUGUGGGUUCUGAUGGUGGGUUGAUUUGCAUUCAGCUCACUCCUCUCAUUUACUUCAAUUAUGUUUUAUGGAAUCCUGCUACAAGACAAUUCAGACAUAUACCAAAAAGCCCGACAUAUUUUACCCAUAAGACUUGCCUUGCGUUUGAUGCAUUCGGUUAUAGCAGUGAGACCAAUGAUUACAAAUUGUUGCUGAUUUGGUAUUAUCAGGAGGAAGGUGUUUAUCAAGCUGAAGUUUUCUCUCGGAGAACAGGUUCUUGGAAAGUAAUUGACAAACCUGUACCCUAUGGUUUUCACUCCGAUGAUCCUCCACUGUCUUUAAAGGGUGAGAUAUAUUGGCACGCUGGUAGAUAUGUUUCUGGUAAUCUGAUGGAAAUUAUAGUUGGUUUUAACCUGGUCACCGAGGAUUUUAGAAAGAUAGACUUGCCAAGUCUAGAAUUUCGGAGCACUUGUUACACAGUUACUGAGUACAAAGGCUCCCUUGCACUUCUCAUCUUUCCUAGAAACAUGAGUUUGAGAAAUUAUGGCUUUGAAUUGUGGGUGAUAAGUGAGGAAGGAGGAGGAGGAGGUGGUAAUAGGGAGAGUUGGAAUAAAGUGUUCACGCUAAAAGAACCAUUCUUAGGGAUUUCACGUAGACCAGAAUGGGUUUUCAGAGGUAGCAUACUCCUUUUUACAUCCAUUUUCGAAGCACAAGACGGCUUCUACUUGCUUGAUCCCACAAAUCCCUCCCUCCAAGCAAGCAAGUUCGUUCCAAUGAGUAGACCAACAAACACCAAGUAUGGUUUUGGUGAAUUUUGUUACAAUGUGGAGAGCCUGGCAUCAGUUUAUGGAGAGAACGAAAGUGAUUGA